GAUGGCGUCCACGUGCUUCCGUUUUGCAUGCUGUCACAUCAGAAAGUGGGUCCCGAGGAGGAUUUGUUUGGCUGCAGCUGGGAAUGGCAGUAGACCAAUACCGAAGAUAAUGUUCUUGUCGACAUUUGUAGCACUUUGCAAUGAUAAUGAAAAGCAGAAAUCGUCACAUACAAAGGAAAAGCUCAAGGAUCCUGACCCUAGCACACUUACAACAGAAUAUCUUCUGAGAAAUGCUAGCCUGGCCUCACUCGACUCAACUCUCCGACUUUUGUCAGUGACUACAGUGGCUUUGUCAGAUGUAGAAAAAGAAUAUGCAAGGUGGACAUUCGUUCUGAUUAAAUUUAUGAAGUUCCGAUUGACGGUCCUUGAUAAGCCUGCAGAAGAAGAGCGAGUGUUGGAUAUGAUACUGCAGACUAGACAUAAACUCGGUGAACUCAAGCAAAAACGACGAGAUUUGACUCUCCUUUACCAGACAGUAACUACCAUGUUUUCUGCUGCGGCUGAAGCAGCACUUAUAUCAGGUGUAGAUUAUCAGGUUUCCUCUGCUAAUGAGGCCAUGCAGAGUUCACAGGUGUACCUGAGAGGAGUACAGGAAGCAAGUCUGGAGGCAGAAAAGGAAAUGACAGAUAUACAGGUGGAAACCAUUGCCAAGGAAAGUAAACAUGCAGAGGAAGAGGAAAAGAAAUAUAAAGAACAGGAGAAGAAUCAGUUAGAGGAAUCAGGAAAUGAGAAGAUGACAAGAAAGGAGAACUCUGAGGAAACUGGAAGAGAGGAAAACCGAGAAAUAUCAGAAGUCAUUUUAGCAGAUAUCAGAACUGAUGAACUAGAUAGGCUGAACAAGAAUAAUCAUGCUAUAUUUGUAGAUGACCCCAAUGUAAUGGAGAAUGAUAAUGACAGCAAUGAGAGUGAUUCUAUAUUUAAUGAGAAUGUGGAAGUUGAUGCUGAUGACAAAGCCACUGAAAAAGAAAUAUUUCAAGAAGAAAUAAAGAAAGAUAAAUUUGACCCAGAUCAGUGGAAGGAUUGUUAAAUUCCAGAACUUAUUCACUUGGAAACCUCUACUGUCUGUAGUCAACAGUAAGGAAGUUCAUACAGGCUACUGAAAAGGAGAUACAUUGUCAUUUUAUUUAUGAUAUAGUUAUGCCAUUUUGAUGACAUUUUAUGAUGUCAUUUGACCCAAAGGGCCAGGAUGACCUAUAGCCAUCGUGUUUCGUCCGUCAUCGUCUGUCGUGCGAAAGACUUUAUUUCAAAACGCUACUCAUCCAUAACCCUUUGGGUGGUUUGCUUCAAAUUUGGUUUGAAGCAUCAUUGGGGGAGGGCGAUCAUAUUUCAUAUAAAUGAGGCUGGUCUGACCCCUAGGGACAGAGGGAGGGGCGGGCCCGAAAAGGGAAACUUUGCUGAAAUUUUGCUUUAAAAUCCUACUCUUUCUGAACCUUUUGAUGGAUUUCAUCCAAAUUUGGUGUGAAAAAUAAACAGGGGAGGGCAGUCAUAUUUUACAUAAAUGAGGCUGGUCGGACCCCUGCGGCCCCAGUAGCGGGGCCCCAAAAGGGGAACUUUGAUGAAAUUUUGCUUUAAAAUCCUACUCAGGAUGACCUAUAGCCAUUGUGUUCGUCCAUCGCUGUGUGCCAUCAGCCAUGCUUAAGACUUUUUAUUUCAAAAUGCUACCCCUCCUUAACCCUUGUGUGGAUUGCUUCCAAAUUUGGUUUGAGGCAUCAUUGGGGGAGGGCGAUCAUAUUUUACAUAAAUGAGGCUGAUCUGACCCCUGGGUCCCCAAACGCGGAACUUUGGUGAAUUAUUGCUUUAAAACCUUACUCUUCUUUAACCCUUGGAUGGAUUACAUCCAAAUUUUGUGUGAAACUUCAUUUGGGAAGGGCAAAGGCUAGUGUGACCCAUGGGGCCCGAGUUUUGGGGCAACUUUGCUGUAAUUUUGCUUUAAAACCCUAGGCCUACUCCUCCUAAAUCUUUCAGUGGAUUACAACCAAAUUUCGUAUGAAACAUCAUAACAGGAUGGCAAUCACAAUUUCUAUAAAUAAAGCUGGUGUGACCCCUGGGGACAGAUGGAAGAGGCCCCAAAUGGGGAACUUCACCAUAAUUUUGCUUUAAAAUUCUAUUACUUGAUGCCUUAAUGGAUCACAACCAAAUUUGAUUAGAAAAAUCAUAUGGGGAAGCAAUCAUAAUUUAUAUAAAUGCAGCUUGUGGGGCCCCUGAAGACAAAGGGACGAGACCCCAAAAGGGGAACUUGAUUUCAACCAAAUUUAGUUUGAAACAUCAUAAAGGGACAUGAAUCAUAAUUUAUAUAAAUGAGGCAGGUCCGACCCUACGGGAUUGAAGGGCGGGGCGCCCAAAAAGAGCACUUCAGGUUAAAUAUUGCUUUAAAAUGCUACUCCUCCUUAAUACUUUAAUUGAUUACGACCAUAUUUAGUAUGAAACAUCAUUGGGGAGGGGCAAUCCUAAUUGAUAUAAAUGAGGCUUGUCCGACCCUUGGGGGCAGAGGUGCAUGGCCUAAAAAUGGGAACAUGGCUGAAAUUUUGCAUUAAGAUGUUGCUCCUCCUUUAAGCCAAAAUGGAUAAAAACCAAAUUUGAUCUAAAACAUAACUGGCUGAGUAUAGAUAAUUUAUGGAAAUUUAUUAUAGUGAUGCUUGAUUGUGAGGUGUUUUCCCUGCUGUAAGUGUUUGUCAGAUGAAUGUUAAGACCCAUGGGCCUCUUGUUUUCAUUACACAUAUCACGCAUGGUUGGAUCUAUUUAAAAUCAGAACAAAAUACAUUGAAACACGAGACAUUACAAAUCAUACUGUACAUCUAGUUCUACUAGUAUUCAUUGACUAGGGUCUUUGUCAAAUAUCAUUCACGCAUUUAUACUCUGCAUUUUGUACAUGUACUGGUAAAUCAAUUAUAUUAUUCAACCAGUAUGUAAUAGCUGGGUAUUUACUCGAACACAACGUUCUCACCUUCUCCAUAGAGAGUUGAAUAUCAAUCUGGCAAAAAAAUAAAAUUCUAAAUAGUUAACGUUUUCUGUCAAUCAUGUACAAUUUCAAACUCUUAAUGUUCAAUAUCGUAUUUUGAGCCUCACUUCAUUCAAAUUCUUAUUUUUGAACGUCACAUAUCGUUUAUCAGCCUGGUAUACCAUUCAAAUUGUGAACUUUUAAAAGUGGUAUGUGGAUUCUUCGAUUGUUGAAUUUAUAUCAGCUGGCUUAAUAUUCCAGUUCUGAAUUGAUGAAUUUCGUAUAUCAAGCUGGCUGAACAUGAGAGUUAUAGAUGUUGAAUGACUGUUCAUCUAUUUGCCAAUCUAUUUUAAGUCACAUGUAAGCUUCUUGAUCACUUUGAUUUCUUUUCCUUGUUCUUUUAUCGGUGGGAUUCAUAUGGUCCCCACUGAUAGGUUAUUCUAUCCAUAAUGAACACUGUGUGCCUAUUAAAUCGGCCCUUAUGACAUUUAUACACAAUCUUGAUAAAACAGUUUCUGUUUAUAUGUCACACUAUAAA